AUGCUCGGCGCGCUACGCACAACAGUCCGUGACUGUGGCGGCCUGUCACUCGCCGCUACCGUCAUCGUCCCCUCCAUACUCCUUUUUGUCACCUUUAUUAAGGUAUGGCACGCUAUUGAGCGGAUCUUAACAGCCCAGAGCUGCUUCUGGUCUGGCCUCGUCGCCCCUUUCUACGCCUUCUCAGCUAACCUUCAGAUGCGCUGGGCUGGGCCCGAGGAGGUAGUCCCUACCGUGGUCCUCCGCAAUGCCAUUGCCACGACAUCGGCCGCGGGGAACGCAGCGACGUACUUCGUCCACGAGAUUGGGUCCUUGCAGCGCCACUCGCUGGCCACUGUAGAUGGCGUGACUCUCUUUACUCCCAUGGCCGUCCCCACCGCCGAAGUGGCCGAGGUCGAGCAGGCCAUUGAGAAGCUACAGAAGGGGCUGGAGGACUUCGUCCCCAGGGAGCUUGUGCGGUUUUAUAACAUUCGGGCAACAAUUGCGCACAUGAUUCGCGACCUCUCACCACAACACGACGCAGGCAGUAGCCCAGGAGGCAAAGAGAAGAAGCACCACAAGACGCUGAGGAAACAUCUCAGGGAUCCGGAGAAACCGCUUAUCGAAACGGUGAAUCACCGCAAAGAAGUCCGAGAAGACGCAAUGGAGAUAGAAAUGUCGGCUGGGGAUGCGGGGAGGACCUAA